GCCCCUGUGACCUCUGGCAUUCCCGUCACGACCGACGCUCCUGUGACAAUUCCCAUCACGACCGAAGUCCCCGCGACGACUCCGUCGCCCGUGACGACAGAACCUCCCAAGACGUUUACGAUUCUUCCCACCGACAUCGUGGUCGCGACGACGGACGUUCCGGUGACCGCCAGCGUGAUCUCGCAAGCGCUGUUGAACGGCACGACCGUGUCGCCGAUGCUCACGACGACCCCCGCGCCGCUGGAAGAACUCGUCGAGAAGUCGUCGGUCCCAACGCCGACCGGCGGCGGCGCCGCGACAGUCGACAACGAAGUCGCGCCCGACAACAACCGCCAGGACAAGCGCCGCGACGACGUGUAUGGCGGCAACAGGACCGUCGACGAUCUCGAGGACCUCAAGGCGUCGAUCACGACCGGGACCGAAACCAAGUCGGUCCAAACGCUGCGGUACGUGAGCUCGUCCGUGGUCGGGAUCACGCUCGUCCUGCUCGCGUUCUUUCAGUUUAUCGCGAUGAACCCGUCGUACAUUGUGCCGGACGCGGCAUCGGACCGGCUGGCCGCGCCCAACUCUUGGGAAUUCCCCGCGUUCAUCUCGUUCAUCCAGCACGUGGGCGUUCUCGCUUUGACCAAGAACACCAAGGUGCCGCAAAAGUUUUUCAUGAGCUUUGUCGACUCGCUCAGCUGGCUCGAGUUUUUGAUCCGCGGGUCGGCGCCGACCGCAUCGUCGUCGAGUGUCGCGCAACUGUUUGCGCAUGGCGGCCGCGUGCUCGCGGAAGCGACGUACGACGCGCAAGGAAAGAUUCAAUUCUCGCUGCGGUCCGAUAUCAACGACAAGGACUGGUUUAUCCGUGUGUGGGUCGCCGUGCUCGUGGUCGUCGCGGUCUUGAUGGUGUUUGUGAUUGCAACCGCGCUGCUGUCGCAAUGGGUUGCUAAGCGCGGCAACCCGUUCCACUCGGACACGACCGACUCGCACAAGCGGUCGGUGAGCUUUCGCAGCAUCUCGCGCCGCCUCCUUGGCAUGUGCGUGCUCGUCGGGUACUUUGCGAUCUUGCCGCUCUCGAUGAUCUCCAUGUUUGAGGUGCUGCAAGACGCGUCGUCGACGGGAUUCCCCCACCUGUAUGCGAUCUUGUCGAUCGCGACGCUCGUCGUCCUUGUCGGCGCCGUGCUCUACGGGAUGUACGCGCUGCAGUCGCUGACGGAAGCCGGCUUGUCCAAGUGGCGCACGCGCGUUGUGUGGGGUGUUGUGUACUCGAACUACCACUACACGAGCCGGCUCUUCUUUGCCGCCGGCGCGUUGGUCCAGUUCCUCACGGGCAUCUUGGUGGCGUCCGUGACUGCUGACGCCCUUACGCAGCUCCUCUCGCUCGUCAUCGUGCACGCGCUGUACUUGGUCAGCAUGUUUGUGCUCCAGCCGUUUGUGUGCUCGGUCCACUUCAAGUUCGCCGUGGGGUUUCAAGUGUUGAUCCUGACCGUGUAUGCGCUCGCGUGCGGCCUCACCGGCGAGACGAGUUCCACCGAGACCCAGAUCAACGUGUCGUAUGCGAUCGUGAUCGUUCUCGUUGUUGUGUUUGUCGCGAUGUUUGUGCGGCAGCUCUACAUGCUGUGGACUUACGCGUCCGCGUGGGCAAAAGACGAGUACGAGAGCGUCACGGGGCUGCCGACCCUGCACGACCACGAAGUCGAGUCGGGCGGCGGCAACUACACGAUUUCGUUGCGCGAUACGGAAGAUCACUUGUCCAGCAGCAAGAACACGAUGUCGCUGCACAACAGCAGCACCACUGGCGACGAUAGCCCCAUGAACACCAUCCGCAUUGUCGACACCCAGACCAAGCACGUGUAAUUCAAGUAGACAAUCUCCCAAGUUGUCCCGUCGUGUUCGAUCCAUAAUGCAUGUUUCGUGUUGCCAUCGUGCGUCGCGAC